UGCUUUGGCCAAUAGUUAAUGUAGCAGUUGAACAAACCUCAUACUAAUCUGCAACUUAAGCCUAAGUCAAAAUUAAAUAUCCCCUGUUUUAUCAUCUAUGGAGAAAAACUAUAUGUUUUAGUCUCACAUUCAACACCGUAACCAAUAUUCUCAGGUUCUAUGAUAUUUUAUAGUAUCAAAUACUAGCCACCGAUGUUCCAAUUCUCUAAACGCUUAGCACAAAAAGGAGUGAAAAUCACAUUGGUCGUCACACGCUACACGUUCAAGAGCAUGCAGGAAUUUUCAUUUGGUUCCAUUUCUGUGGAGACGAUCUCCGACGGGUGGCGAGGCGACCUGCAGGAGUUCGUGGAUCGCACACGAACUCAGGGCGGGCCGUCGACUGCGUGAUCGACGACCCCCUCAUCCCAUGGUGCCUCGAUGUUGCUAAGAAGUUUGGAUUGGCUUGGGAGAUGUGCUCCGAGAUCCGUUGUUUACGUGUCGUUUGGUAGUAUGGCGGAGUUGGGAGCGGAGCAGAUGGAGGAAUUGGCGGAGGGCUUGAGCCUAGUUAAAGGGUUGGUGGUGCAGUGGUGCCCGCAGUUGGAAGUGUUGGCGGACGGGACGGUGGGGUGCUUUGUCACGCACUGCAGCUGGAACUCCACGCUCGAGGCGUUGAGCUUGGGAGUGCCGCAGUGGAGCGACCAAACCACCAACUCUAAGUUGGUGGCGGACGUGUGGAGGAUGGGGAUCCGGGCUCGCCCCGAUCGGAAAGGGAUAGUGAGGGAAGAAGAGAUAGUUCGUUGUGUGAAGCAUGUGAUGGAAAGUGAAGAAAGGGGAGAGAUGAGAACAAGUGCAGAGACAUGGAAAAGAUUAGCUAGAGAGGCAGUUGGUGCAGGAGGCACAUCGGAUCAAAAUAUUGAGGAGUUUGUUGCUUCAAUUGCAGAUUGAUUAUAUCAACCUUUUCUUUCUCAAAUAAAGUUUGAAGAUCAAAAUA